AUGGACAAUUCCUCCAGCUCUAGUGAUCUAGCCAUGGAAACUUUUAAAUUGGGAAACAAUUUCUUUCCAAACAUGGUUUAUGGGUGUUCGAAAAACAACAUUGGUGAGUACUAUGACACCAUUGCUGGCAUUGCUGGGUUCGGACCUGGGCCUCACUCAUUAAUAAGUCAGCUUAGCGAUAUGGUUGGUGGUAAAUUCGCCUACUGCCUAGUUCAUUAUACGAAAAUAUAUACAAGAAGCAAGAUCAGCUUCGGGGCUAGCGCAGUCGUGUCUGGACGCAGCACCCCGUUGGUAUCUGAAUAUAUCACAUUGGAAGGGAUUAGUGUCGAGAAUAUGGAAUUUCCCGUCAUGGUUGGUCAUGAGAAAACCUAUACGAGAAUUCCUUGUAGGAGUCAAGCCAUAUUAGAUACCGGCGCUUUACUGUCUUAUUUGCCGACGGAUUUAUACCAACAGUUGGAGAAUGCACUAAUCAGCGUGAUUAAACUUGUACCAAUUAAAUAUGGCAUUUUCAAACAUUGUUACAAACUCUAUCCAAAUUUUCCUACUCUCAUUUUACAUUUUUCAAGAGGUGCUGAAUUAGUUUUGACAAAGAGAAAUACAAUUAUUAACGAUAACGGCUUAUGGUGCCUAGUGAUUAAGCCAACCAUUAAUGAUGAAACUAUAAUUGGGAGUUUGUUGCAAAUGGAUUAUAUGAUUGGAUAUGAUCGUAAGAAUGGGAGUGUUUCUUUUAGGGCAGUGAAUUGUUCAAAUCAUACUCAAAUUUAG